AUGACAAAAAGUAAAAUGAAAUUAAAAACUGGCGAUAAAGUAAAGGUUAUUACCGGCCAGCACCGGGGAAUAAUUGAUUAUAUUUCUCGUCUAGACACAAAAGAACAAACAGUUUAUUUAAAAAAAAAGAUAAAAAGAAAAUUACCAAAAUUGGUUUUCAGGAAAAAGAAGGCAAAAAGUAAUCCAAUAGCAGAAAAAAAAACUAGUUGCCAAAGUUGCGAGGAAAGAAAAGAACAAAAUAUUUGUUCGGCUUGUCGACAACCAGAGCCAGAGGAGUCUGAAGUAUUGAAUUUUCACCUCUCAUUUGUGAGAAAAAAAUAUCUAUACGAGGCAGCUACCAUAAUGAGGGAUAAAUUGCCAGUUCAAAUUCAAACUGAAUUCGACCAAUUAUUACCCCAGUUAAAAUUAAGUGCUAGUGAGCAAGAAUUAAUUACCAAAGUGGAAAAAUUUCUUUCGGACUUUUUGGCGGAAAAAGAAUUUAAUAACAAAGCAGAGGAAAUUUUUGAGAAAAAUCCGCAAAAUAAAGCUCUAAUAGAAAAGAAAGAAGUCGAAGAAAAAAUUUAUAAGCAAAUCGCGACUAAUCCUGACCCUAAUCAGAAACCAAAUCAGAAAGACCAAAAUCAACCGAACCAAGAUAAUAAUAAUUCGGCGAAAAUUACCCAAUUACAACAGGAAGUCAAUAGUUUAAAACAAGAAAUCCGCGACUUAAAAAAACCUGGCAACCCUUCUCCUGCUAAUUCUGAUACUUUGCGAGAUAAAGAAAGAAAAUUGCAAGAAAAGGAAAAAGAGUUGAAAAAAUUAUCAGAAAAAUUCCAACAUUCUUCACCAAUGCAAACUACUGACAUUGAAAAAAUAGUUCUCAAUAGUGGGGUUAGUCAAGCGGUUAACAACAAACAGUCCUUAGAAAAUACUGAAAAGGCUCUGGUACAAAUUGCUCACGGGCAAAAACCAUUACUCACUUCUGCCCGCAAAUCCAUUACUGGUUUCAAAUUGCGGGAGGGAAUGCUGAUUGGUUGCUUUUCCAAGAAAAAAUUCGACCAAAAAGGAAAUUAUAAUUUGGGAGUAAACGACUUAAACAUUUUUUCAACGGUUCCUUAUGAUUUAACUUUCAAAAAUCAAGGAGUCCAAAUUACAAUUGUUUUCAAAUCUUCUUCGGCUGAGGAAAAUGGCUAUUUUCUAAACUUGCUAGGCUUUCCUUUUAAGGAGAAAGAAAAAAAAUAA